AUGAAGUCAUUAAUCAAGUAUAUGCCUGUGAAUAAGAAGAACUUAGGAGGUAAGACGGCAUUGGAUAUCCUAGAACCUGAAAAUUUUGAAGCAAGGAAAGUUUUAAUAAGAGCAGGAGCUAAAGAAGGUUCAUCAGUACUUGAUGAUGCCACCAAUUGUGAAUAUUAUUUGAAGUCAAAUAUGACGAUGGAAGAUUUUUUUAUCAAAUUUGGUGCUUACAUGGAGUUCGGUUUGUCAGCGGACAUGCGAAAUGCUUUCCUAGUAGUACUUGUGCUUAUUGCAACUGCUAUGUUUCAAGAACUAAAUGCUCCAUCUACUUCAACCAAUUCAACUAGCACCAACUUAGACAAAAAACUCCAAUGGCUGGAAGAACUAGAUUUGAUUUUCAACUCAAUCGCCUUUGGUCUUGCAAUGGGAACGUGUGCAAUACUUAUACUUGAUCUACUCCAAAAGUUAUACUUGGUAGCUCUUGCUCUAUAUUUCGUAAGUUAUGCGGCAUUGCAAUAUGGAAUAUACCCAGCGAAGGUUUUAGCCUCCAGAUUUCGAGGGCAAGGGCGGUACGGCCUUCUGAAGCAGCAGUAUGAAGAGGUGACUCCACAAAUGUCAUCUCGUUGGGGACAUCCAAGUACUCUGGAUUGUUGUGUAUUUUUGUGUACAAGGCAACAAUAUCUGGAUCUUGAACAGUGUUCAUCUGCAACUCGAAAAUGA